CGUCCAGUUAAGGCCGAAGAAGAUACGGAAUAAAAGGAAACGAAUUUUAAUAUUUGGCGGUACAACUGGAGGCCGAGUUAUCGCCGAAAGGAAGGAAGAGGAAAUGGAGAAGCAAGUGAUGGCAGUAGAGCAGAAGGUGUAGUUGUUAUCAGUUUUAACUGAGGCAUACAUAGAAGGGUAGAGACGAGAAAUACAGAAGUUUUCAUCGAGAAAGGAGUAGCUUUUGUUGUCGUCGACUCGGCUUCGUCGUCGCUGGUGGCGGUGAUGGGGUGCUGCUGCUGCAAGUCCUCCCUGCAGCCGGAGAUCCAGCAGACGGAGGAGAAGUGGAGCAACCAAAGCCAGCAUCAACAGCAGCGCCGCCGCCCGUCCUUGACGCUCCAGGCGGCGGAGGGAGGCGGAGGGCGAGAGGUUCCGGCCUUCGACCAGUUCUCGCUGGCGGAGCUCAGGGCGGCGACCGACGGAUUCAGCCCUAAUAACGUUGUGUCGGAGAGCAGCGACAAGACCCCUAAUGUGGUCUACAAGGGCCGGCUGCAGAACCGCCGGUGGAUCGCCGUCAAGAAAUUCUCUAGGACUGCCUGGCCGGAUCCCAAACAGUUCGCCGAGGAAGCAUGGGGAGUUGGGAAAUUGAGGCACAGGAGGCUGGCGAAUCUGAUUGGGUACUGUUGCGAAGGGGAUGAGAGGCUUCUGGUUGCUGAGUACAUGCCAAAUGACACCCUUGCAAAGCAUCUCUUCCACUGGGAAAACCAAACCAUUGAAUGGGCUAUGCGUUUAAGAGUUGCAUUCUAUAUUGCUGAAGCCCUCAACUACUGUAGCAAUGAGGAACGACCACUAUAUCAUGACCUGAAUGCUUACAGAGUCCUUUUUGAUGAGGAUGGUGAUCCACGACUUUCUUGUUUUGGUCUUAUGAAGAACAGCAGGGAUGGGAAAAGUUAUAGCACAAAUCUAGCAUAUACACCACCAGAGUAUUUAAGAAAUGGGAGAGUAACACCAGAGAGUGUGAUAUUUAGUUUUGGCACCGUGCUCUUGGAUCUUUUGAGUGGAAAGCGCAUUCCUCCUUCUCGUGCUCUUGACAUGAUACGUGAUAAAAAUACUUUAGUCUUAAUGGAUUCCCACUUGGAAGGAAAUUUCUCGACCGAAGAGGCAACUACACUUGUUGACCUAGCUUCUCAGUGCUUACAGUCUGAGCCUAGGGACCGGCCCAAUUCAAAGAAACUGGUGGCAACACUUGGGCCAUUGCAAAGCAAAUCAGAGGUGCCAUCUUACGUUAUGAUGGGCUUUGAGAAGCAGCGUGAAGAAGCUCCUCCACCUCCGCAGCAACCUCUGUCGCCUAUGGGGGAGGCCUGCUCCAGAAUGGAUCUUACAGCUAUCCAUCAGAUUUUAGUAAUGACACACUACAGAGAUGAUGAAGUAACAAAUGAGCUAUCAUUUCAAGAAUGGACACAGCAGAUGAGGGAUAUGCUGGAAGCACGGAAGCGAGGGGAUUUUGCUUUCCGCGACAAAGAAUUUAAAACAGCAAUUGAGUGUUACUCACAGUUCAUCGACGUCGGCACAAUGAUCUCACCGACUGUGUAUGCUAGGCGAAGUUUGUGUCAUCUUUUGUGCGACCAACCUGAUGCUGCUCUACGAGAUGCAAUGCAAGCUCAAUGUCUUUACCCUGAUUGGCCUACUGCUUUCUAUAUGCAAGCCGUUGCUCUCGCCAAGCUGAACAUGCAGGGCGACUCGCAGGACAUGUUGCAGGAAGCUGCGAUGCUCGAAGAGAAGCGGCAGAAGAACACUAGAGGCUCCUAGUUUGGUCAUGUUCCUGUGAUUGUAUCUUCUCACUAUGCUUGUUCAUGUUGUGCUUGCGUGCCUGGGGAAAAAAAUAUCAUAGAGAAAAAUGGUUUGGAUCAAUUCAAUGUAUUUGGUUCUUUGUCAUCUAUCUCUUGAACUAAAGAUGUGAAUAAUUUGAUGAAUCC